AUGGAUGUCACACCAGUGGAAACUGAAGGCAACGACAAUCUCAGCGAGGUAGAAUCUGUGCACAAAGCCCCUUUGCGAAAAAGUGUCGAUUCUGAUCCCGGAGAUUUCGUUAAGAUUGACGAUGCAGAUAAUGGAAACUCGGAUGAGCAUAACGCUGGUUCUCUCAAACCCAAGCUUGAAGUCGCAGACAGUGGGAAGCCUAGCGAGCAGGAGACUGGUGCUGUUGAGAGCAAGGAAGUUCCAACUGCGGUCGUGAACCCGCUGGCUUCAGAAGAAGAAGGAAAGCAAGUUGAAGAGAAGAGCGAGAAGAGCGACAAAAUUGAACGGCCCCAGGAAAGCUCCGAAAAGGAAUCUGGCGAUAAAUCACCAUACGGAAGCUUUCUUCUGUGGUUGGACAGGAAUCCCGCAGCGGUUCGCUGUGCUGCCACAGCCGCUGCCGUGGCUGGCCUUGCUGGAAUCGGUGCUUUCGUGUAUGCUAGAAAGGUUCGCUCUGGUGGUCUUUGA